UCUGAAUCCACCGUCUUAUUGUUACCUGAUUAACAAGGGCCAUUUGAACUUUGGAGUCAACUCAAAUUCGUUUGCAUUUACCUUUUUUCGUAUCCAAAAUUUUCCGACGCAAAAUAUGAGAAUCGGCGGCGCCACACUUUACCACCGGCGACGACUCUCCACCAUUUUCUCUCCGACUUUGAAUAUUGUCCGCAGUUUUUCUUCCCCAUCCUCAGAACACAUAUCAUUCAUCAAAGAUGUAGCUGCGACUUGUCAUCCUGAGCUUUUGCCUGAUCUACUGAAUAUGCUCCGGGGAAGAGGGGACUCUAUUAUUUCUCCUGGAGAUAAGCAUGGACUUUUCCCCCUUGCAAUACCAUUGUCAAGAAAUAGAUCAGGUGUAAUGAUUUCACUACUACGUUGGCCAACAGCACCAUCUGGGAUGGAUAUGCCAGUUGUUGAAGUCCACAAGCAUGGUGUUUUUCCGCUAGCCAAAAAUGUUAACCAGUAUAUUCAGAGAUUGUUGGUUGAAGAAGAUGUCAAUAGCUCAAAGGACAGCAGCAGAGAGGUACUUCAUGUUUCAGACAAUGCUAGAAAACUGUACAGAAAGGGGAGCUUUGCGGAGUCACAACUGCCAAACUUGGAUACCUUCCUUUUAAGAAAGGUUGGUGUGUUUCCUGAUGUUUUAGAACGAAAAAUUAAUCAACAUCUCGAGAAAGGGAAUCAUGUUACAGCUUUGAUAACCGGAGAAUUCUAUGCAAAGAAGCAGCACUUUCCUGGCUUUGGACGGCCUUUUGCAUUUAAUGCUCAGAUUUUGCUGAAAGCUGGGCGUGACCUAGAAGCACAAGAUGCUGCAAGAGGGGCACUGAAAUCACCUUGGUGGACUUUGGGAUACAAAUACCAGAGAAAGCACAAAAUUCUGAAUUUACGCAAAAUCCAGGAAGUAUUUACUAUCUACAUCCCACAGAUCAAGCCAAUGAUAAAUUGGUUUCAAUCCCCUUCAAUGGAGAAAAUUUUGGAAAAUGGAAGAGAUCCAUGUUAUUCACCUUAACAGCCAAGAACAAAGUAGGGUUCAUAGAUGGUACAUUACCUAAACCACUCAACACAUCCACUGAUUGCGAAGCAUGGGAAAGAUGCAACAAUAUGGUUAUUGGGUGGAUUUUUUCAUCUCUAGAUGAAUCUAUCUCAUCAAGUGUCUUCUACCACAAAAUUGCUAGCGAGAUAUGGAAGGAAUUGGAGGAAAGAUUUGGCCAACCUUCAUCUGCACAUUUAUAUUUUCUUCAAGAAAAGUUAUCAAACAUAUAACACUAAGAAGGCAUGUCUAUAGCAAAUUUUUUCACUCAAAUUAAAGGCAUUUGGGAUGAGAUGGAUAAUGUUGUUUCUCUUCCAAUAUGUACUUGUUGUAAUGGGUGUGUUUUGAACAAGAAAGUUCUAGAGAUGCAAAGUGAUCAAGAAUUUUACACUUGAUGAAAAUAGAUGCAAGAUUUGAGAAUGUACGAUCACACAUUUUAAUGAUGGACAAAUUACCUAGUAUCUCUCAAGUUUACAGAUUUUACAGCAAGUAGGACCAACUACAUGUCUCAUGGUUCUUGAAGGACUACUACAACUUACUUAUUUACCCACACGUUCUCAAUUAGCUGACGUCUUUACUAAAAUUCUUCCCUCAGCUCAUUUUAAAGAACUUUUGUUCCAAGCUU